AUGGCUGACCUUCGCGGUAGCGGCUAUGGCAACGCCAUCGCUAUAGAUUCCUCGGACUCGGAGGGAGACGGCCGGCCCGCGCAACCUGCUCCGCGCGUCCAUCAAGGUCCGCCCCCAUCUAGACGUCAAGUCGUCGUCAAUCCUCGACCUAGCCAAUUGAAGGCUGGGAGGAGACCGACGUCGACUGGAAAGACGCUGGGCGGGGCGGGGGCAACGGGUACGGGAAGUGAAGCGGAUGGAGAGGGAGAUGAUUCGCUGGGGCUCCCGUCUGUGACUCAGAAGAAGAGGGAGAGGCAGGAGAGCUCUGCGAGCCCGCAGUGGGAUGGAGGGGCAUGGAGGAAGAAAGGCAACGGCAAGGGCAAGAGCAAGGAGAAGCACAAGCGCAACUCGGAGAGGGCGUCUGAUACGUCGAACUUGGACGGUACUGGGUCCAGAUCAAGACCCCAGAAGAAGAAAGUGCUCCCAAGCAACGUCAUCGAGAUCUCCAGCUCGGAAGACGAUCUCCCUGGUCCAUCACGGCCUCGUCCGUCCCUCUCGGCCACCCCCCAGAAGACCCGUAUACGGACGGACGAGCCCUCCAACUCCCCCUUCCGGCCCUCUCCGAGCAAGACGCCCGGCGGAAGACCUAAAAAGCGGAUAUCGAUAUUGGAUCAGCCGCACAUGUCCAUCUCGCCCGAUGUGCCGAUCGUUCCAGCGCUUUGGCGGGCUUCAGCUUCCGCUGCAGGCGUCCAGACAUCAAAGGGAAAGGGGAAGGCUAGAGCCAGGGAGGAUCCUCCCGCGGGUGCAGCUGGGUCGUCGGGGGCCGGAUUCGAGGGCGGUGGGAGUGCGGUGACGGCGCUUGAGGCGGCGCUGGACAGGACUGGGAGUGUCGAGCUGAUGAGCCGCGUGCUGGAGAGCGGGGAGGGAUCAAGGAAUAAGCGGGACCUUGCCCCUAUCGAGGAGGACGAGGAUGACCCGAUGGAUGGGUACGGGAACGACAACCGGGAUAGUCCCGGCCCAUCUCAGCUGAAACGGCCGCCUUCGUCUUCGCCAGUCGGCCGGCCCAGUAAGCUCAAGAAUGGCGGGAAUGCUCCUCGACGGCGCGUCGUCGAGACCCCCUCGAGUCCGAAAGUCGCGAACGACGAGAGCGAGGCGCCGUCUGCGCCAACCUUCAUGCCUAUGGAGCAGCCGCGCUCUGAUACCGCGGACAUAAAGGGCAAGGGGCGGAUCCGAUUGUCGGCGGACGGAGAAGAUGAGCUGGAUACUCUGCGGACGCCUUCUGUUCAUGGCUCUCCGCUCCUUGCCGCAGCUGGAGCGAGUGCGUCUACUGCAGCUCCGCAAGUUCUCCAACCUCGAGCAAUCCCUCCCUCAGCCGCUGCUGGUCCGUCCAGACUCCUUUCCCCGCCAACUGCCGUCCACUCCCGCACAUCCACGGACCCGCUCGACCUCAUCACCCAAGAACUUGAUGAACCGCUCGACGAUUUCCCACCCCUAUCGGACUCGGUCGAGCCGUUCCACUUCAUCUUUGACGACUCCGUACCAGGUACCGCGGCCGAAUCGCCCUCCAAUCCUCUCCCUGGCGACGCCGAAGAGGAAGAGCAGUACUCUGACGACGCGCUCGAGCGGGCUUUGACCGCUCUAGUCGAUGACCCAAACAUCCUAGGAGGCGAUGAUGAUGGUCUCGACUUGUUGCCCUCGCCCGAUGCUGGUCCGUCAAGGUUGUCAUCGGCGGCGGUGGAGGAUGCGAUCGAGGAUGCGACGGUCGGCGUGGACGAGGUGGAUAUUGCGGAUCCGGCGGGUCCGUCUUCUGAUACAGGGCUGGAGCGGGUCAAUAUCAGCAAGGUCGCGUUGAGGGUUCGGGCGGAGUUUGCGGCGAUGAGCAGGGAGGAGAAGAUGGCGCUUAUCGAGCGAGAGGGGCGGCCUGCCGGGCACGAGCGGGGACGUGCAGAUUGGGCGAGCGGUUCGGGAGCAGCAGGAUCAGCUUCGGUAGUCAAGGACGGCGUCACCAUCGCUGGAUCGUGGAGCUUCAAGCCCCCGCCAGACACAUCGGGAUCGGGGCUGGUCUCGAGACCCAGGUCCCCCGCUUCAGACGCGGAAACAGACGGCCUGGUCAUCGAACACCCUCCCGAUCGAUACCGCGGCGUCGCCCUCCGUCACGUGUCGACCGAAAUGGUCGAUCAAUGGAACAUGAUGCUCCCUCAGCUCACACACAAGCCGGCGCUCCACCGACUCAUCUUUCAGCAAAUCAUGGCGGACGCGCAUGCCACGACCGAGCCGUACGCGGGCGAGAUCUUCGUCACGAAUUCGGCAGGGAGUGUGGAUGCGGCCCCCGAGAUCCAGUAUCAGUACGGCAAUGAGGUGAUGUACCACCCGGGCGUGCCGGAUCCGGAUACGGGGACGGGGUGCGGGUGCGUGGGACCGUGUAAUCCGAAUGAUGGUGGGUGUCGGUGUGUCCGGAGGCAGGAGCUGUACUUCGCUAUUAUUGGCAUGACGGGUUUUGCGUAUAAUGAAGAUGGGACGGUCAAGAACCUUUCAUGUCCGAUUUGGGAAUGCGGACCGAAUUGCGGCUGUCCUCCUAGCUGCAUGAACAGGCGCAUCCAAAGAGGCAGAGGCAAAAAUAUCGAGCUCGACCUCUUCAAGACUCGCCAGAAAGGCUGGGGCGUCAAGACCAGGCAAAACAUCCCCAUUGGGACUUUUGUGGGCAUGUACUCGGGAGAGCUCAUACCGCACUACGAGAGUGACCGGCGGGCGACUUUGUACGAUGAUCAGAUCGGGCGGACGUACCUGUUUGACUGCGAGGGCUGGCAUAUCCGACAUCCGCCUGAUUUGAAUGAGUUGUGUCAGGUCGAUCCGAGGCUGGCGGAGUUGGCGGCGCAGACGGUGGAGCGGUAUGAGGCGGCCGUGGAACUUGCGGGUGUUGCGGAAUUGACGGACUAUUCGAAGUACAGUGUCGAUGCGUUUCAUUAUGGCUACACUCGAUAUUUCAAUCACUCUUGCGACCCUAAUCUGAUCAUCACCCCGGCCUAUGUCUAUGACUAUCAUCCGGAACGUCCCAAGCUCAUCAUGUUCGCCCGAAAGAACAUAGCCGCCGGAGAAGAGAUGUGUAUCUCGUACCGAGGCUCCGACUCGGAGGAUGAUGCGGCACCUGUCAAACCUCGCAAGAAGACCUACAAGAGGCCGCGGACCAAGAGGGUCGGGGCACGCCGUAUGGGCGCGAGCAAAGCUGGGUCCAAGGCGGCUUUGGAGCGUUGUCGCUGUGGCGCUCCGAAUUGCAAGGGCUUCAUGUUCCCGCAAUAG